AUGCCCAAGGGAAAGUGGAUUAAUAAGAAGACGGCGCAGCACUUUACGCUCGUCCACCGCCCGCAGAAUGAUCCGCUCAUUCACGACGAGAAUGCGCCAUCCAUGGUGCUGAACCCAGUUCAGUCCAAGUCUGGAUCGAAAGUGAAGCACUUGGAUGACUUGGCCUCCGAGCUGGGAUCAGAUGCGGAGCAUAUCCGCGCCAACGAAGGUGAAGCCGCAAACUAUGGCGUAUACUUUGACGACUCGGAAUAUGAUUACAUGCAGCACUUGCGAGAUCUCAACAGCGGCGGCGGAAAUGUUGUCUUUGUUGAGUCGGAUGCCACUGGAAAUAAGGGCAAGGGCAAGCAGAAGCAGUCAUUGGAAGACGCUCUGCGGAAAAUGGACCUUGAGCAAAAGUCAGACGACCUUCUGGACGAAGAGAUUCUGCCUUCCAAGAACCUUACGAGGUUAACCUACCAGGCCCAGCAGGAUGUACCCGAUGUCAUCGCUGGAUUUAACCCUGAUAUGGAUCCCCGACUACGAGAAGUUCUGGAAGCCCUGGAGGAUGAUGCGUAUGUAGAUGACGACGAAGAGGUAUUCAACCAGCUGUCAAAGGACGGAGAGGAGCUUGAUGAUGACGAUUUUGGAUUUUUGGAUGAGGAGGAUGACGAUGGAUGGGAGUCAGAUGCUACGGCAAAGCCUUCCAAGGAAUACAAAGAUCAAGUACCAGAACUCGUAAAGGUACAGCCAGAGCAACCAGAGGAAGGCCCUGCAAAUGACUGGAUGGAGGACUUCAAACAGUUCAAGAAAGACCAAAAGGGCCCACGUGGGCCAACAGCUCCGUCACGAUCCGGAGUUGAGUCCAUGUGGACUACGACUACCAAUGGAGGCAGAACCAAGAGAAGAAAGGGUGCUCUGACGAAUCCCUCAGCCUACUCCAUGACAUCUUCAUCACUCGUACGGACAGAGCAGCUUUCGAUCCUCGACGAGAGGUUCGAGAAGUUGGAGGAGCGCUACCAUGAAGAGUUUGAUGACAUGGGUUCCGUAUCAGAAGUUUCAACAGCCUCUAGCGUGACAGGCCCCAUGCGAUCAGAUUUCGAUGGCAUCCUGGAUGACUUCCUGGGCUCCUACACAAGGCCCGGAAAGCGGACAUCAAAGAAAACAAGGCCACAGACAGGAUUGGAGCAGCUUGAAGAGAUUAGACGAGAAUUGGGGCCUGCGCGUAUUCGGGGCCGCGUUAAAUCAUGA